AUGCGGUUCUCGGUAUUAAUUCUGUGUGUAUCUCCUCUGAUAGCUGCUAAUAAAACUUUGUUGUACUUGGAGAAAUACGGCUAUCUCAACAGCAACGAAACAUCGCUGACUAACAAUAUUAAGGACGCCAUUACGAGGUUUCAGGAGACGUUCGGACUACAGGUGACCGGAUAUGAAAACGAGGAGACGCUGAAGCUGAUGGACACACCCAGAUGCGGUAACUCGGACGAAGGCAUAGCCCCGUUUUCCGUGAACCCAUUAGUUAAAUGGAACUCAACUCGGGUCACGUGGAACAUGAUUGGCUCUGGCAUCCAGUAUGCCAACAUCGUUGAGAGAGCGUUUUCCUUGUACUCCAAGCACUCUGCUCUCGAAUUCCGUAGAAGUUACAGUAAUCCCACUAUAAUGGUAGUGAUUUCCCCUAAGAAACACGUGGCGUACUACCUUAAAAGCACUUGCAGUUACGAUUUUGACGGUCCAGGCGGUGUUCUCGGCCACGCCUUUCUCCCUCGACCGUGGCUGAACCAAUCGGAUAUACACCUUGAUUUCGAAGAGGACUGGGACUUUACAAUGAAUAUACCCGCACCGGAGAAGACUUCGUUCUUUACAGUGAUGGUCCACGAAAUAGGCCAUGCUCUCGGUCUUCAGCAUUCGUCUGUGUUACGAUCCGUAAUGUUUCCGUCCUAUUACCAGCCAUCGGGUAUCAACAACUUGUACGAAUUUGAUUUGGACAGAGACGAUCAGCUUGCAAUUCAGUUUCUGCGGGCCAGGCACCAGGUUGUCUGA